AUGGCUAAUCAACUAGUGCUAUCUAGACAAGUUAGUGAAUAACAAAUAAUGGAUAUAUAAAUUCAAGCUAUAACCCAAAUGUGUAAUUUUCAUAAAAUGAGGUUAGGAACGAUUAUACAUUCUAUGCAUCAAAAAAGUUCCUAAUUUAUAGAGGAAAGUAUUAAAUUAGUUGAAUAAGAAGUUUAAAAUCAUUCAUAUUGGUCAUUAACUUCAUAAACAAUCAAGAAAGUUAAUUAAAAUAUUGAAAAUUUAGAAGCUCGAUUAAAGAAUGAAAUAAUCAUAGAAAAAAAUAAUUUAUCAUACUAAAUUAAACUGAUCUCAGAACAAAUACGAGAGUUCAUCCAAAAUAUUAUUUCAAUAAUAAAUGAAGUAACUGUAAGCACUACGUAAAUAACUGAAAAGCUUUUUAAAAUCCUUAAGGAAAUUGAAGAACUUUUAUUUAGAAUGGAAAUGGUAAUAAAUUCCAAUAGAAACAAACUUUCUCGUUUUAAUAUAUCCCUUGCUAUUUCAGUUAUCCUUCUUGAAAUUGGUUGUGAAUAGGUCUUAGGAAAAACAAUAAGGAAUAUUCUUAAGGGAGCAACUGAAAUUGUUUUGCCAUUUAUAUUUGCAGCAAAGGCUAACACAAAACUAAAAAAGUAAUUUAAUGAUUUAAAAUGUUUAUUUGAAAAUUAAAAAAGAUUAAUUGAUUAAAAUGUUACCAAAAGCAUCAGUGAAAUGAACAUUGCUAUGGAUGGAGUUAUCAAAACCUUUUUAACUAAUAUCAAAAGGCCUAAUUUAAAUAACUAAAGAGCCAUAGCUUGGUUAGACAAUAACAUAGAAAAUCAUGGAAAUUUUUAAUUAGCUUAAAGAAUUAGAAAUUGUUUUCCAAACAUUUAAUAUUGUCAUUUUACAAAUGAUCAUCAAAGUCUUAUCAAUUUUUUAAAUGAAAAUUACAUUACUUUUCUGAUAUUAUAAGGAUCGCUGGCAAAGGAAACUCUGCAUAUGCUAUUAACUUAUCCUAAUAUUCAUUCAAUUCUUAUAUAUUGUUAGUUUCCAGAAAAAUAUGAGGACCUUAUCUAAAAGUUUAAAUAAAUUGUAUAUAUCACAAAUCAAUAAGAUGAAGUGAUUGCAACAUUGGAGAAGAACUUAGCGCCUUCUUUAGUAUUAAGAGAAAUUAAUUUAUACUAGUUUCCGAAUUAUUUUUAAUAGAAUGCUGCUCUUUAUUAUCUUUCUGACUAAUUUUCGUUAAGUAGUAUUCCUUAACUAUCCAAAGAUGAAGCUCUUAAAAUAAUUUAAAACACAAUGUAAUACGUACCAAAAUCAGUAUAUAUAUUAUCUGAAGAGGCUUAAACAGAAUUAGCUCUUUAAAUUCACGAGAAAUUUAAAAAUGGACAAAUUGAGGAUAUAAUUAAUCUCUAUACAGGGCCUAGUGGAUUUUUUAAAUUUAUUAAUAAGCUUCUAUAAAGUUUAAAUGAAAAAGCAAUUUUAGAAGCCUCAGUCUUCAUAUAAUCAUUAAAAUAUAGUUUGGAAAAAUACUAAGACAAUAUAGACCAAAAUUUAUUUGUUUCUAAUAAUUUUUUCCUUUAUAGAGGAGUGGAUUGUACAAUUGAUUCCUUUAAACUAAAACAUAAAUUAUAUGAUUUAAUGAUGUUUCCUGCAUUCACCUCCACUAGCAGAGACUUUGCAAUUAGUAAAUCCUAUGCUAAGGAUUCUGGAAUUAUAUUUAGAAUCUCCUUUAAUGAAAAUAAUUUAGAAGACUCUCAUUUUUAGAUGGCGAGACCCAAAGCAAUUUACACGGUUUCCUAAUUUUAGAAUGAAUAAGAAUAUUUAUUUUCUUGUUUUUCAUGCUUCAUUAUUACAAAAUUUAAUGAAGACAAUCUAAUAGAUAUAGAAUUUGUUAAAAUUUGA